GCUGAGUGAGACAAGGAUGUGGUGUAUCCGCCUGUUCACCCUUUUAAGCGUUGCGGAGCUCUUCAUGCCAAAAGACUGAUUACAAGAAGAAUCAUCAGGAGAUGACAUAUCGCCCCCGUUCUGGUGCUGUUCAGAAAUGGAGUUUUGCUACUUUCACCUCACUUUUGGUUCAUUGAUACCAUCAGUCAUAUGCACAGGUUACAUACAGAAAAGGAUCCUUGGUGGGUCCAGCGCCAGCUCUGCUGAGUUUCCGUAUGCGGGAAGUUUACAGAAGUUGGUAAAUGGUGAAUGGAUCCACAUUUGCGGUUGCACACCAUAUUCCACAACAAAGGCAUUGACUGCAGCACACUGCUUAGACGAUGACGACCCAUCUGUCUACAGAGGAGUAUUCGGAACAGUGGAUAUCGCAAACAACGAAGGGUCCGUUCAGAUUUCGGCAUUGACAUCAUUUACCCGGCAUCCUUCCUUCUCGGAUUCAGUUGGCCUUCCCAGUGAUAUUGCAGUUUUGCGCCUUCAAACAUCCCUCGACACAUCAAGUCCGAAUGUUGGGACAUUCUUUUUGUCUUCCAGUUCCCCCAACUUAACCAACACAGACUGCACGGUCCUUGGAUGGGGUGCAUUGUCAAAUGGGAUGUUCCCUGACGUUCUUCAGAAGAAGACGGUGACGAUAACCAGCGAGAUGUCCUGCAAUGACGACUGGUCAGUGCUUGGUUUGACCAUCGGCGGUGACAAACUGUGUGCAACAGAUGAAGGCUUCUCUGAGAGAGACAGCGGCGGACCAUUGGUUUGUGGGGCAGGAUUAGCUGGUCUGGCUUCCUUUGGUGGGUCAUGUGCCGCCAAGGUUCUUCCAAAUGUCUUCACAAAUAUAGGUUUCUUUUUCAGUUGGAUACAAGGUCAAUAAAAAUCUAUGUAUAAUCCUAUUUAUAUUCUUUUUUGGUUGGACAACCAGAGGAUUCAAUAUUAAACACGAUUCACAAAUAAAAUAUCUGAUUUUAAGCAUG